AUGUUGGAGGGUAAAGCGAUUGUAGGCGAAACCGAUAUGCUCCAUACGAUGCAGAAGGAUGCACUUCACUUAGCUGCAAAAGCUCUUGAUAUCUUCGAAGCCACUGAAUCGACUGAUAUAGCCCAGUUUAUAAAAAAGGAUUUCGACAGGGUAUACGGACCUGGGUGGCAAUGCGUUGUAGGGACGGAUUUUAGUUCAUUUGUGACGCACUGCCAUGGUUGCUUCAUACACUUUUGCGUUGGCAGUCUUGCGAUCUUGCUCUUCAGGGGUGCAGUAAAUCAAGCAAAAGAGGCAAACUUGUUCCCGACCUUCGAGGCUUUAGAUGCUUAGACGGUCUAAACUUAAAAUGUUUCUCUGUUUGCCUGUCACCUAAAAGAAAGAAAACAACGUUGAAUAAUCGACUUCAAGUUCUGCAAA